AUGGAGGUGAAGAAAAAUGUGGACAGCUGGCCCCCAGCUGAACCCUCCACUGACCGCAACAGCUCCACAUGCUGCAGGAGCAUUGCUGUGGUUUUCGUCCUGAUCUUCCUUGUCAUCGGGGUCUUUGUGGGCCUCUUGUUUGCGUACUUGGUGCAAGAAGACCACUAUUUUAUGGAGACGGUGGAACUGAGAGGAUUUAAGUACGACCCUGCUGUGCAAGACGGGAUGUCUGCUUUAUCCAUGGUGCUCUCCUCCACCAUUAAGACAAAGAUUAGGCAUGUCUUCAUUGCUUCAUCAAUAGCCUCUCAUUUUGUGAGCUGCAAUAUUGUAGCUUAUGGGAACGUCAACGGUAACGUGAUGGCAACCUUUAGGCUGAUUUUUCGAGUAUCCAAGGCACAGAAGUACUCCGACAACUUCAUCCAGGACAUCCUGAGGGUGGGGCUGGAUGCUCUGUUGCAUGGACGUCCCCUGGUGGUGCCAGAGUUCGGGGAGAUCGAUGCUAUCGUCUUGCUGGGAGCCAGUGGGAAGUCUUUCUAUAACAUUGGAGAUGACACAGGCAGAUGUCCUGACAGCACCUUCGCCUGUGACAAUGGGGAGUGUGUCACCAAGCCCAACCCAGAGUGUGACUCCAUCCCAGACUGUGCAGAUGCCUCUGAUGAGGCUCAUUGCUCCUGUGGCACGCGCCCAGCCAUGAGCAGCCGGGUGGUGGGGGGUGAGGAUGCCCGGCAUGGAGAGCUGCCCUGGCAAGUCAGUCUGAAGUUUCAGGGCCGCCACACCUGUGGUGCUUCCAUAAUCAAUAAGAGAUGGCUCGUCAGUGCUGCCCACUGCUUUGAGAGAGAUAAGGACCCAAAGGACUGGACAGCCCUGGUCGGGGCCAAUCUGGUUAGUGGGGAAGAACCAGAGUCUAGACUGAUGAACAUCAAGUCCAUCACCGUGUCCCCGGAAUAUGACCCUAUGACCACCGACAAUGAUGUAACAGUGUUGGAGCUGGAGACCCCCCUCAGUUUCAGCUCCUACGUACAGCCUGUCUGUCUGCCAUCCACCUCCCAUGUCUUCAGCCCCGGGCAACAGUGUGUGGUGUCUGGCUGGGGAGCACUCCAUCAGUACAACAGUGAAGUGCCGUCCACUCUUCAGAAAGCGGUAGUGAAGAUCAUCGGCUCCGAGGUCUGCAACAAGUCGACCGUUUACAGGGGAGCUGUCACCCACAACAUGAUGUGUGCUGGCUUCCUGCAGGGCAAGGUGGAUUCCUGUCAGGGUGACUCUGGAGGGCCGCUAGUUUGCGAGGAGGCCCCUGGACAGUUCUUCUUGGCAGGGGUGGUGAGCUGGGGAGUGGGCUGCGCUCAGGUCAACAAACCUGGGGUGUACUCCCGUGUCACGAGGCUACGCAACUGGAUCUUAAGCCACACCAACCCAGAGUCAGUUCGUCCUGCGCCAGUUAAAGCAACGGUAGCCACUACUGGAGGCACUGAUGACCUCUCCCACAGAUCAUUGGUCACAUUUCCUCACCUUCCAGCCAUAAACUGCAGUGGUGACUACAAGUGUGGUGCGGGCAGCUGCAUCAGUAAAGUCAAUCCUGAAUGCGAUGGAAUCGUUGACUGCCCUAACAAAGCUGAUGAGAAAAACUGUGACUGCGGGCAUCGUCCUGCCGUGGGCUCCCAGAGGAUCGUGGGUGGAGUGACCUCGCGGAGGGGUGAGUGGCCGUGGAUUGGCAGCCUGCAGUACCAGCGCUCCCACCGCUGUGGAGCCACACUCAUACACUGCAAGUGGCUCCUGACUGCCGCCCACUGCUUCAAUAGUGACCCGAACCCUGGUGGCUGGACGGUCAGUCUGGGUUCUGUGUUCCGCUCUGGAAUAGGGGCUCUGGUCAUCCCCCUACAGAGGGUCAUCCUGCACCCGAACUUCAACCGGACCAGCAUGGGGUUUGACGUGGCGCUGCUGGAGCUGUCAGUUCCAGCACCGCAGUCCUACACCAUCCAGUCCGUCUGCCUCCCCUCCCCCGUGCACAGCUUCCCGAGCACGGCCGAGUGCUACAUCGCUGGCUGGGGUGCGCUGAGUGAGGGAGGUGCACUGGCCAACUUCUUGCAAAAAGCUGCUGUCAGUAUCAUUGACCAAUCAGAAUGUCGGCAGGCCUAUGGGGAUGGGCUAAGCAGCAACAUGAUGUGUGCAGGCUUCAUGGAGGGUGGGAAAGACACAUGUAUGGGAGAUUCAGGAGGCCCGCUGACCUGCCGUGAACCCUCCGGCCACUGGUUUGUGGCGGGGGUGACCAGCUGGGGCCGUGGCUGUGGACGGAUUGGAUUCCCCGGAGUUUACAUACGAGUCACUGCCAUUAGACAAUGGAUAUCUCAGUACUUGCCUUUUUAA